AUGGAUGGUCAAACGCCAAUAGCGAAUGGCGCCGCCAUUUCACGGCCACCAUCCGCUCCAUUAUCAACGAGUUCUUUAGCACCGUCAACCCACCCGCUGGGAUCUUCUUGCUUGAAAUGCAAAUCAAGGCACACUCGCUGCGACCGCAUUAGACCAGUCUGCCAGAACUGUCAGAGCAAAGGCUAUGAAGGCGAAUGCUUAUAUCCUUAUGCGGCCUUACCGGUUACCGAGAACAGAAGUGCCGAAAGCAGAAUCACUCAGAAGAUUGGUGCUCCAUUCUCAGGGCCAAUGUUCGAUAAUCCCUCUGCUUCACCCGCAACAGGUGCCAAAAGACCAAGGGUUGCAGACAGUUCUGAACGAACUGGACUUGUCAAUAAUGUGGUUGGAUUACACAUCCAAAAUGAUUUCAGCCAUACCCAGCACACGCAGACACUCCAGCAGCCUCCUGCAAAACGGCACAAGAUAUCCGAACUUGGCUCUGGAAGUGCUGCUAGGCAACCUGCAUUAGAACCGGGUCAAACCUCCACCGGUAUGCCCAGUGGUAGAUCGGGUCCUCCACCACGUAGUUUCUCUCCUACUCUGCCUCAAGAUGAGAUGGAGCUCCGGUGCAACUUGACUACCGAAAUCAACGUUCAGAGAUUGAAGCAUCGCAACCUUGCAGCGGGACCUCUACGCGACAUUCUGAAGCUACUCAUGAAAGCCAAGACUGAACGCCCAACCACUGAACCCACGAUUGCUAUGCCAUUCAAUGAUGAGUGGCGCGAAGAAGAUGAUCUUAUGCAAAUUGGAACAGUCAAGAUGGAAAAAGGUGGUCGAUGCUCUCGUGCUCUUCUCAGUCGUUUCGAAAACUUCUUGUAUGGCCCAUUAAUGAGCCCCGAGGAGAAGAAGAUGCAAGAGCGUAUCAUAUGUGUUGAAGAAUGUCUGUCAAGCGCGUCGGCACCACCGACGUCCGAUCACAACGCCCUGUUCCUCCAUCGCCUAAAAAGAAUCAUACUUAAUCCAGAUUCCUAUGGCUUGAACGAGAAAGACUCACGCAUCGGACUCCUCCGCAACCAGAUCCUUGCAGCAAUAGCGACUGACUCGAAGCUGAGUCCUGCAAUCCGAAAGAAAAUUGCGGACCUCUUAGACCCAGAUGGAGAGAUUGCCAAUAUCAGCGCAGACAGUCCAGAUGCCAAAAUGGGAACUCCAAUCUCAACAAGGAAGGUGCCACCCAAGCCUACCUCUUCACGCGUGCCUUCCUCCCACAGCCCAGGAACGACGUCGAGGACAACAACUCGUAGACAAAACUCUGUCGACUCUCUGUCUCCUUCACCCACCCAUCCCCCUCCUUUCCCCUCCCUAUCUCUUUCAACAACCCAUCCUCCUCCUUUCCCGUCUUGUUCUUCAUCUUUAUCCACACCACCUCUGGAACUCAUUGAUCCGACUGAUGACACCAUGUCGUCGUCCUUUCCUUUCAUCGUAAAGCGUACGCCCAAGAAGCGUGUCGCUUCUGGCAGCCAGUCGUCGCAGUCCAACGACACUGCGGCGUCGCCGUUCAUGGAGCCGGCGUCCAAGAAACGUCCUGCUCCUGGCCCCCAGUCUAACGACAUCGUUGCCCCAUCUCCGAAGCGUGCUGCUUCUGGAACCAAGUCAUCAAUCCCUGACAACAUCAUCGCCCCACCUCAUAGGCGCUCUGCUUCUGGCAGCCAACUAUCCAGCUUCGCUAUCCAAAAGAAACUUUGGAAUAUCUUCCUUGCUAGGCAGGCUCAUAUGAUUCCCAUCCUUGAUUUCAACAAACUCAAAGUCGCCUUCGCCAUGGCCGUGAACCAAGGCAACAUUGAACCUGCGGGUAUUGAUCCGACCCUCGGGCUCUGUCUUGCAAUCGCCUGUCACCUCACUGGCGAUAAGGACAUCUGGGAACCCAGAAAAUGGUACGAUGCCGCUUCAUCCCGCAUUGCUGCGACCCUGAACUCGCAGGGCCCCUCGCUUCAAUCUUUCCAGCAACAGAUUCUCCAAAUCCAGUACCUCCAUAUGGUUGGCCACCUGAGAAUGGCCUGGGAAACAUUGUCCCUGGCCAUUGGCAGAGCACAGCCACUUCGGAUGCACACCAUGCACGGUGGCCGUCUCGCGGUGGAUGAGCAGUCCUUGCAGCAGCUGCGGCUAGUGUGGCAGUUUCUUUGGACUAAGAAGCUAUCUCUCGCCCUGCAGUUUGGGAUUGUCGAUCAGUCCCUCGAAACCUUUUACGAUUUACCAAUGCCGAUGCAGUCGCACAUUGAGAUUAACAUGGGAAGUGACCUUUCCCAUAUCGACCACCAACACCGCGCGACAUCUGCUUUCUUCAUCGCUUGUGCCUCGCUUUACAAGAACACCGAUGACCUCAUCACUGUCGAAAAUAACCUACGUGUGACUCGUAUGGAAUGCCCCAUCAAAUGGCUUUCCAUCAUGGACCUACGUGAUUUCCAGGGACUCAAUCGCAAUCUGUCCAGCUGGAAAAAUGGCCUGCCCGAAUUUCUGGGGUGGAAGGAAUCUAACAUCGAUUUGGACAUGGAGAAAGACCCGAUCAUUCGUCGCUUGCGCUUUGUUACUCACAUGCGAUACACUUACUUCCGGCUGCGCCAGUACCGCCCUUUCUUUGUUUUGUGCCUACGACUUUCCUACCCGUGCAACUGUGAAAUGGCUCCUCAUGUGCCCGGCAAGGAUAUGGACUCUGUAAAUGUGGAUCCUGUUCUCGCCCUGGUUCAGGAUGGUGCUAUCAAAUGUAUUACCGCCGCCCAAGACAUUGUCAAAACACUCUGGGCUUCCUUCACCCGGGAGAACAACGACGAUUCAAAGUUUGAGCAAUUGGACUACCUGUACGCCGCCGCCCUCGUAGUCAUUGCCUCGCGGAGUUUCCCAAUGAGCUUAUUGCAGCGAGUUGAAUCUGGAUGCACGACUAGAUCGGCCACAGCGAUGGAAUCGCAGUAUCACCGAGCAGAAAGUCUUCUACGCAAGUAUGAGGAAUGCUGCGAACGUGCACCUAAGCUCAGGCGCCGAAUCGGACGGUCUCGAGCCCUGAUGAACCUUGCAGAGAACGCAGUCGGUACAAGCCAUGCGGGUAUCUCCGACAAUGACCUGCGACUGGCGCCUAUUGUCUGGCACCAAGUUUACGACAGACUUGGAUUAGAUGUGCCCUUUGCAAGGUUUCCCGAGGAUGCCCCUACCGCCAUCCCCGGCCGUAGGCUUGCCUUUGGUUGGCUGGAGAGUAUUCCGGUAGACCUGGAUACUCAGGAGAAGUAA